UUGAUAGUAACAGUAUGUUUAUCCUUUUAUCAUGAUGUCAAGUGAGCUAUAUUUCUAACUGAAAGACGCUAUCUUUUAUUCAGCUGAUUACGAUCAUCAACAACGAUUUCCGCGUCGAAAAUUGACGUUUAGAUGUCAUUGUUGUUGUUGCAAUGACUAAGUUCGCAGUGUGCGUCACUAGGAACUCACAAGAAAACGAAGAGACUUCGUUUUAUUAUCAACUCAUGUAAGGAGCUUGGCAGCUUGUAAACCACCAUAAUGCAUACCAGAAACGUAGUCAACUUCGUUAGACCUGUCGAUCUACAAGACUUGAAAUGUACCAACUUGUCAAAGGAAGAUUCUGAACAGCAUUCUGUAGAAAUUGGUAACAUUGACACUGACGAAGGAGACAAGAUCAGGGAGUUUUAUGAGAGCCUUGUUUCAUCAACAAGUAAAACCCCACGGAGCCCUGAAGGUUUGGAUUCAAACGGUGAAGCAUUUAAACAGCAGAACCUUGAACUGAAGCCGAGUUUCUCUGCUGAAAAUCGUCUCAGUAACGAACUACUGAAGUGUUCCCAAAAUGGUGAUUUGAACAAUACUCAGCUUUGUAUCGAGAGAGGUGCUAAUAUCAACUUUCAAGAUGCCUUUGGAUGGACUGCACUCAUGAGCGCUUCUUGCGGAGGUCAUCAUGAAGUUGUUUGUUACCUUUUAGACAAGGGGGCAAAUUCAUUAGUCUGUGAUAAAGUUGGAAAAUGUGCAAAAAUGUUAGCGCAGGAAAAGAGGCAUUGGAAGGUUGUUAGCAUUUUAGAAAGACACAACAGACCCAGUAGUGUCACGGAGUCAGACCAUGUGGUGCCUUGUGGAACAAAACAAUGUAGUGAACACAAGAGAUUUUAUUGCAGUGUUUGUAAAUGUGAAUUUAAGGACACUACAGAGGCAAGACAUGCUACAUCAACAGUGCACUUGUUUAACUUGAAGUUGGAAGCUAAAACCACAACAUACUUCAUUCCAGAAUCUAACCGUGGUUUCCAGAUGAUGGUGAAAAGUGGAUGGAAUGUUGACAAAGGAUUAGGCUCGGAGGGACAGGGAAGAAAGUUCCCAGUGAGGACAGUUAUGAAACGAGAUCGACUUGGGCUAGGCUCAACCAAAGAAGAAAAGGCUAAAUCUCGAGUGACCCAUUUUUCAGCAAAUGAUCAAUCUGCUGUGAAGAAACCAAAAGUUGAAAGAAAGAUGAGAAAUGCAACACUGUCAAAGAAAAAGAGGAAAAAGAAGGAAUGCAAAGAGAAGGAAUGGGAAAGGAAACUUAGAAUUUAUAUGAACAGUGAAUAAGGCUGUGUUUUAAGUUUCCAAACCAAACCUAUUAUGUUUCAUUGUGUUAUUUUGUGAUGUGAUACCCAAAGUCUCAUAAUGUUGCUUUAUUGGUAUUAUUUUAUAUGUAAAAAUAGGGUCAGGGACAACUACACAGCAUUCAUUUCUCUUCAUGAAGACUAAUAAUUAAGUAAAGAAUUUUUUUCAAUUUUGGGAAAAAUGUAAGAUGUAUAUCUUACGAAUGUAUGUUCAAAGUAAUGACCUACAUGUUAUAUUUGUUACUCCUUAAUACUUUUCAUUUGGAGCUUUGGCAAAAGUUCAGAAUAACUUAAGUAUUAAAUAAUUGUCAGUAUGAAAGAUAAUAUUGUGCUUGUUAAGUGUAAUAUUCAUGUAUAUACUAUGUCAUCAAAGCUUGAAAUUACAUGUAGUUGAAGUGGUGUUGUGGUAACAAAUUCAGUUGAUACAUGUACAAGUUCUGCUGUAACAUUAGUAAGUGGCAUAUCUUACAAGUUCUGUGAGGCCCUCUCUCACUCAGAUGGUUUAAUUGCUAGCUUGAUGCAAUCAGAUCCUUGACCAAUGGGGUUACAUGUUCAAAUCCAGCUCUUGCUGCUUCACCUCCUUUUUUUCAAGUCCGGAGGUUUGCCAGGUACCUGGUGAAGGGCACUCAGGUUUCCUUUAUGGAUCUGUUAUAAACCUGUCCACUAAAAUAUAAUAUAUGUGGAAAAUUCUUGAUUACAAAAUUAAGG